AGACAAGAAGGUUCAUAGGCUUCUGCAAAAUCUCCUCGGAGAAGUAACUAAAAGUACUCUUGUCCUACUAAGUCUACCACUCUCCAAACUGCCCCACCGGCGCGUCCGGUCAACAAGUAACCGGUUCAGCCGGUCACCACUCUCGGGGACCCUCACACUCUACCAAAGGCAAUGGACUCUCUCUGCCACUUCCCGCUAUAUUGCACACACUAAAACCUCUGCUACUGCUUCACCGCCAUGGCUGUUCCACAAUGUUGUAUUGUUGUUGCUUUCUAAAACCCUGAAUGGUUUCUGGGGUUACCCAAAAUCACAGUCUCUGUUAGUAUUUUUGCUACAAACAUUUGGCCUUUUUGGGUUUUUGGGCUUGGUUUUUGUGGCUGGAUUGGGUGAGAAAACUAGACCCACCAUUCUGGGUUUGUUUGCUUUUGCAUUGUGUUUUAUGGGGUUUGGUUGUUUUACCAAGAAGGCUGAUCUGUUUGGUUUAUGUAAAAGGGUUCUGAAAGAACAUAAAAGUAGAAAUCUUGAUUCUGAGACUGUUUGCUGAGAAAGGUUCAGGCUUUGUUUAGUUUCUGAGAAGAAUUGGCCGAAAGAAACAGUUUUAGACAUUACAACCUCCAUGAUGCAGAAUGCACUGAAAGAGUAUCUGAAUUCUAAGAUGACAGGAAACUUUGCGCAGUCUGACAACUUAUUGCAACAUGACGCGCAGUAUCAGGCUCUUGUAGCUUCUCUCUUGAAUGGGAACUUGGCAGAUGGUUCUUCCAAAUUUCAGCAGACCUCACAUUUGGAUCAAAAUCGCUCCCAGACACAUAAAAGGAAGCAAGAAGAGCAAUGUGUUUUCACUGCUAGUCCUCAGCUAGCAUUGAAGGACCACAAUCCACUUCUUAAUGGUGUACAACAGGAACCUAUUUCCAUAUGGCGAAAGCAUAAGAAAGCUAGACUGGAUGUCAAUCAAGAGGCUGUGAACGAGCAUGUAUUCCAGAAGAUGCUGCAGAGUGAGAACUCUGCUGAAUCGGAAAGAGAUCAAAUACGUGCAUUUUUUCAGCAUAAUGUGAUACCAAAUCAAGAUCAGCAAGCUAUUUUGAAUGCUGCUCCACAGUUGGGAAUUGAUAGAGAAAAGCAGCUGCAAUGGAUGAGGCACCCAGUUCCACAACAGGAGAUGGUGCAUCAAGCAACUGCAAUGCACGCAGUUCCCCAACAGGAGAAGGUGCAUCAAGCAACUGCAAUGCACCAGCCUGGUGUUUGUUCACAUCGGCUAAUGCAGUACCUGUAUCAUACUCGAACUCGGCCAAAUGACAAUAGCUUGGCCUAUUGGAGGCAAUUUGUGGCAGAGUUUUAUGACCCCUGUGCCAAAAGAAGGUGGUGUUUGUCCUGCUAUGAUAAAGUUGGAGACCAUGCCCUUGGUAUUUCCCCCGAUGCAGCUAUGGUAUCAUCAUGGCCGUGUGGCAUAUGUAAUUGUCAAUCAGGGCGGGGAUUCGAGGUGAGUUUUGAAGUGCUUCCAAGGCUAAGUAAAGUAACAUUUGAGGGUGGUGUGGUUGAUGAACUCUUGUUCCUGGAUUUGCCUCGUGAGAGUAGAUUUUCUUCAGGAUUAUUGAUGCUAGAAUGUGGAAGAGCAGUUCAGAAAAGUGUCUAUGAACGGCUUCAAGUUGUUCAUGAAGGUCGACUUCGUAUAAUUUUCUCUCCUAAUUUGAAGAUAUUGUCCUGGGAAUUUUGUACACGCUCUCAUGAAAUUUUUCUUCGUCGAACUUCUGUUGCACCUCAGGUUUCUGAGUUGGGUAGUGCUGUACGGUAUUAUCAGUGCUCUAUUGAUGAUAGAGAAUCUAAUGGACUUUCAUCCCAAGAUGUACAAGCUAGUUGCAAUAAGAUCCUGGAAGCAGGAGGACAAAUUGAAAAAGCUUUGAAUCUACAUGAGGUCGAUUAUUUGGGAUUUUCUAAGAAAAACACUCGGUUCUUGCAGAUAGCUGAUGUUGUUGAUAGUAUGAAAGAUCUAAUGACUUUAUGUCAUAAUAAGGGCACUAGCCCAAUUGAGAGCCUGAAGAGUUAUUGCAGAGGAACUCCCACCAAGCUCCAAAAAAAGAAAAUAAGAGGAAAGGGUCAAAAAGAGAGUGCUGAAGGUCUGCCGAAAGACGCGAAUAAGUUGAUGGCUACAUCUUGUGGUCAAAUAAAAAGUAAUGCAAAUCAAAGCUGCUCAUCUAUCAAUACUGAAGGUUUCUCAAAUGUGCCAGAAUAUAACCCCGUUGCGAGCAGAGAUAGCAAGUGGCAAACUAGUUUAAACCGGUACACUUCACCAUUUGAGGGUCCUAAGACCUCAAAUUCAGGACUGUAUAAGAAUUCAGUGGGAAAUGGCUUUUUAAAUUCAAAUUCCUCUAUGCAGCAGGAUGCUAUGCAUAACUUAAUACAGGAAUUUAUGAACAGCCGAGCAGUGAAUAGGCAUGACAGGGACGAAGUCAUCUGGGGAAGUGGGAAAAGUUCAGCCGUAGACAUGCCGUCAGGAGUUUGGGGACGCCCAGCAGCUGCAGCUGCCCUAGGAAAUGUUUUGGGCAGUAUGCCAGUAAGGACCCGUCAAUCGCACUCGAAUGCUGCCUUUACUAGGAACUUGUCUGAAGUCGGUGGCAGUUUUCAUGGAAAGGUUUUAUUACCGGAAUCAGGCUUCAGUACAUCUAAUGGUUAUCAUGAUCACAAUAAGUUUCAUGGCAAUGAUAGUAACCUGAACUAUGGUUGGAAGGCCUGACCAGUUGGGUGGGUCGUGUAAAGUUUGUACAGAUCUUUCAGGUGCAGGUUUUAUCUUUUUGCUACUAUUCCCUGAUGUGGAUACUAAACAGUGGCUUUUGGGUUCUCUAGAUCAGGAUCAAUUCCAACCAGAUGUAAUGACUUUGACAACCCAUUUGCAAUAUAUAUA